AUGCCACUUGUUAGUAAGGACCCUCUUGUAAUUGGGCGCGUGAUUGGGGAUGUUUUAGACCCCUUUGAAAGUUCUAUUCCAAUUAAGGUUACUUACAAUAAUAGAGAUGUUUGCAAUGGCUGUGAAUUCAAGCCUUCUCAAGUUGUCCACCAACCAAGAGUAGCCAUUGGUGGAGUUGACCUCAGGAGCCUCUACACUCUGGUUGCUGUGAAUCCAGAUGCCCCUAGCCCCAGCAACCCUAGUAUGAGGGAACACCUACAUUGGCUGGUAACUGAUAUUCCCGCCCCAACUGGACCUAGUUUUGGUAACGAAGUGGUAGCAUAUGAAAGUCCACGACCAACAUCAGGGAUUCAUCGAAUAGUGUUGGUGUUAUUUUGUCAAUUGGGUAGGGAGAAGGUUUAUGCCCCUGGUUGGCGCCAAAACUUCAACACCAGAGAAUUUGCGGAACUAUACAAUCUUGGUUCGCCUGUUGCUGCUCUCUAUUAUAACAUCCAAAGGGAGAAUGGCUCUGGUGGCAGGAGGUUAUAUUGAUCAUCAUCAUAAUUACAUAAAUAAUAAUAAUAAUAAUAAUCAACAAUAAUAAAUGACUACUUUUUUUUCGGUCCAAACUCAAGAUAGCUGUAUGCAUAAAUUGAACCCAGCCUAGGCUCCUGCACGGUUCAUUCUUUACAUGUUGUGUA